AAGGUCAAGCGGGCCGGCCAAGGACGGCCACCUUGUCACCGUCUUCUUCCAUCUCUUUCCUCCCAACCACCAGCCAGCCUCUCUCCCUUCACCACAUGUCUUCUUCUUCUUCAUAAUGAUCAUCAUCAUCUUGUUCUUAUUCCAUCUUCCUUCUUCUUGUAUCUCUCGCCCGCUUGCCAAAACACCAUCUUCAACAAUAAUUCCCUCAAGCUGGUGCAGGUGCAGUUCCAUUGAGCCAUGGGGAGCGCUCAGGCAAAGCUGUCGAUAAGCUCGCCGCCGCCGCUUCCACGGGGGAAGGCAAAGUUGAAGAUGGAAAAUGGGUAUGGCGCCAAAGAAAAGAAUAAUAUCAUUGCGGCCAGGAGAUCCACUGGACAGAGGGUAUCAAGGCAGGAUUCGGGGGGCCUGGUUGCCGGGCCUGAAACUGGCAGCAAUAAUAGCAAUAGUUCUAGGCAGAGUGGUAGUACUGGUGGCAGCAGUCGUGGAAGUAAAGGCGGCCAAGAAGAAAAAAUUGUGAUCACUAGGAAAGAAAAGGUUGCUGCAUCUUUGAAGCUGAUGGAAGAGGAGGAGCUAGUCAAUGGCUGGCCAAAAUGGCUCACUGAUAACAUCCCCAAAGAGGCUCUGGUUGGUUUAAUCCCAAGAAGUGCAGAGUGCUAUGACAAGAUUGAUAAGGUGGGGGAGGGGACUUAUAGCAAUGUGUAUAAAGCUCGAGAUAGGGAAAGUGGAAAGAUUGUUGCCCUCAAGAAGGUUCGGUUUGAUACCUCGGAGCCCGAGAGUGUUAAGUUCAUGGCACGAGAGAUUAUGAUAUUGCAGAAGCUAGAUCAUCCCAAUAUUGUGAAGCUGGAAGGCUUGGCCACGUCGAGGAUGCAGUACAGUCUGUAUCUUGUUUUCGAUUAUAUGCAGUCUGAUCUAGCCAGAGUUAUCUCUCGGCCUGGGGAGAGGCUCACCGAACCACAGGUCAAGUGUUAUAUGCAUCAACUGCUUUCAGGUCUGCAACACUGCCAUGAGAGGGGGAUUUUGCACCGGGACAUCAAGGGAUCCAACUUGUUGAUAGACAAAAGUGGGAUGCUAAAGAUUGCAGAUUUCGGCCUUGCAAAUUAUUUUGAUCCUCGUAGAAAGCAGCGUCUCACAAGCCGAGUUGUGACUCUCUGGUACAGAGCUCCCGAACUGCUCUUAGGAGCUACAGAGUAUGGUGUUGGCAUCGAUCUUUGGAGUGCCGGAUGUCUCAUGGCCGAGAUGUUUGCAGGGCGGCCACUUAUGCCCGGUAGAACCGAGGUUGAGCAAAUUCAUAAGAUAUUCAAGCUAUGUGGCACACCCUCUGAAGAGUAUUGGAAAAAAUUGAAGGCGUCAAAGACAUUCAGACCGCCAAAUGUAUAUAAAUCUAGUUUUCGGGAAGUAUUUCAGGACUUCCCUGCAUCUUCUUUAGGCCUGCUGAAGUCUCUUCUUGCUCUCGAUCCUGCAUAUCGAGGCACUGCAGCUUCUGCUCUCAGAAAUGAAUUCUUUUCCUCGAGUCCACUGCGUUGUGACCUCUCUGGACUACCCGUAAUCUACAAAGAGGAUGAUGAACCAACUCAAACCAAUCAACGAAGAAGGCGUCGCAGUUUUAAAGUGAGGCAACGGUUACAAACACAACGGGAGCGGCAGAAAGAGGAUCUGGCUGUGGAGAAACCAAUAGGAGAUUCUAUUUCUACUAAAGAGGAGCUAGAGAAGAUCACAGAAUCAAACAUCCAGCUGGGAAGCAGUGGACCUAGUAGCUCAUCUAGCCUGCAGCAAGCUCAGCAAGAAGAGAUUGCGUGCCCUUUGCUCUCCCCGGAUGUAACAUCUCGUAAAAAGAUAUCUCCUUCUAGUGAAUCCCAUCCAAAUGCUAAGAAGAACAUCAAGAGCCGGCCUCCCUUGCCGAAUGCCAAAACAAGAACUCUCAGAAGCAAAGACGGCGAAGGCAACGUGUACAGAUUGAGUCAAGUUCAGCGGUCGAUAUCCACAAGGGAUUUCCGAAGGCUGGAUCAAAGAGAAUUCAUCAAACUGCAAGCCACCAACGAUUAGGCAACCUUGUAAUGGUCUAUCUACAGCAGACCAAUAUUUUGUUCUUUGAAUUUUGUCAAUUGUUGUAUCAUCAUCAUGUUCUCAUUCAAUACAAUUUUUCCCUUUCUCUUUA